AUGGCCGAUACUGAAGCAACCAAGCCCACCGUCGAUGCUACCGCCACGGAGCCGACCGCCGAGGCCGAGGCCGAGAACGACCCCCAGUUUGAGCCCGUCAUCAAGCUCGAGCAGCAAGUAGAGGUCAAGACGCACGAGGAGGACGAGUCGGUCCUCUUCAAGAUGCGCGCCAAGCUGUUCCGAUUCGACAAGGAGGCCAAGGAGUGGAAGGAGCGCGGCACCGGCGACGUCCGCCUGCUCGAGCACAAGGAGACCAACAAGGUCCGCCUCGUCAUGAGGAGAGACAAGACCCUCAAGGUCUGCGCCAACCACUACGUCACCUCCGACAUGAAGCUCUCGCCAAACGUCGGCUCGGACCGAUCCUGGGUGUACAACGUGGCCGCCGACGUCGCCGACGGCGAGCCAACCGCCGAGACGCUCGCCAUCCGAUUCGCCAACUCUGAGAACGCGCAAGCCUUCAAGACGGCAUUCGAGGAGGCGCAGACCAAGAACGCCGGCUCCAAGUCGACCGACGCUCCGGCCCAGGACGCCCCUGCCGCCACCGAGGAGAAGAAGGACGAGGCUGCCGACGAGAAGAAGGACGAGUAG